AUAUCGACAUAAACUAGACUGACAAUACAUCUUCAAAAAGUUCCAACAAAGUGAAUUUAAAAUUUACUUAGCUAUCAUCAAAUAAUAUAAAAAAUGGCACUAAUUCCUCAAUUGCUCGAAAAUAUUUUUCAACCCCUCAGUCUAAAUGACUCAAGUACCUCAAAAUUUGUGAAUCCACGUGUUGAUUGGAAGGAAAAUGAAGAUGCUCAUGUGUUCAAAGUUGAUCUUCCUGGAUUAAACAAAGAGGAAAUUAAAGUUGAAAUUGAAGAAGGAAAGGUAUUGCAAAUUAGUGGUGAGAUUAAGGGUGUUGAUCUUAAUAAAGAAGAUCAGAAGAAGGAGAAUGAGACGUGGAGACGCGUCGAGAGGCCACGUGGCAAGUUCUGUAGAAGAUUCUGGCUACCUGAAAAUGCUAAGAUUGAUGAGGUGAAGGCUAGUAUGGAGAAUGGGGUUCUAACUCUCACAAUUCCUAAGCAGGAGAUUAAGAAACCUGAGGUCAAGACCAUUGAGAUUAAUUAGUGGUUAAUUACUUAAUUAAUGUUGUCGUUAGUCUUUUCUUUUAAAUUUAAUUAAUAAUUGUGCAUGAGCUUUGAGUGGCAUUAUCUUGUUUUCUUGAUUGUUGUUUUAAUUUAAGCAAUAAUAAAAGUUGUUUGUUUGUAAAAUAUUCAUGA